AUACUGCAAGUUUGUCCGAAAACCCGAAACCAAAACAGAUAAAAAUACACACGGGACCACCAUCAUAUUUUAUUUCUUCAGUUUCGGUUCGUCUUCUAUUCUUUUUUCUUCACACUUUCUCUUUCUCUCUACAACACCCCGAAAAUAGCUCAAGAAUCCCCCAAAUCCCUCAAAUUACCUAACUCCGAUUGCAAUUACUAUUAUUAAUUAAUUAAUUAAGUAUCAUGUCCCCGGAAAUAGAAGGCCGUCAACUGAGCCUCCCCAAACCCCUCCACACCGCGUCACCCCGCACCGACUCCCUCCUCUACGACGUCGUUUCACGCUCCCUCGCCCUCCGCCACUCCGACUCUUCCUUCUCUCUCUACCCUUCCUUCUCCCCCCUCUCCUUCCCCUCCCCGCACGUCCUCGUCCCCUCCCCCACCUCCUCCGCCGCCUUCCUCCACCUCCGCAACUCCUCCGAUCCCGCCGUCACGCUCUUCCUCGCCUCCACUCCCGUCCCCUCCGCCGUCCUCCUCCGUUUCUACAUCCUCCGCGCUGGACGCUUUGCCAGAAUCAGGGUCGUCUCGAGCCACAGGGAUCUCGAGUUCGAUCCCGCCAGGUGGGGGGCUGUGUUUAGGGCCAGCCAUGGGGUCUCCGUUAAAUUGUCCGGGGGAGCCAACGUUUUCUCCAUGUACUCGGUCUCGAGUUCGAAGAUUUGGGUUUUUGCAGUGAGAUUGAUUGGGGAUGAAGGCGGCGGGGAAGCUUUAAAGCUCAUUAAGUGUGCGGUGGUUAAUUGUUGGUUUCCGGUGUGUACAGUUAGGGUUUUGUUUGGGUUUUUGGUUCUUGGUGAGGAGAAUGGGGUUAGGGUUUUCCCCUUGAGGCCGCUGAUCAAAGGGAAUCAAAGAAAGGAGAAGAAGAACGGUGGUAAAAGGAAUAGCUCGAAAAAUGGCUUGAGUAAUGGGGUUGAUGUUGCAAAGUCUAGCAAUGGAGGAAAAGCUUUGGGGCAAGGUGGAGAUAAGCAUUCUGAAUCUGUGAAGUCGAGGUCCGUAAAACUAAGACAAGAUUCCAAAGACGUGGGUUCAUUUUUUGUUGCUUUUGAGGAUAAGAAUGUAGGAGAUUCCAUAUCAACGGAGAAAGCGAGGAGAUCUAUCAAGGCUAUCUCAAUCCAGGCAUUAUCCACGGAACACUUUGUGGUCUUAGACAGUAUUGGAAAUGUUCACCUUUUAUCCCUUUCUUUUUCCAUCCAAGGAAUGAAUGAACCUCGCUUCAUGAAAAGGUUGAAUCGCACGAUGAAAGUUCAAAAGCUGGCUGUUUUUGAAGAUGUGUCCUCAGUGACACGAAAUAUCUGGAUCUCAGAUGGAUGUCAUAGUGUGCACCUGAUGACAGUCUCUGAUACAGAUACUUCCUUUGAUAAUUCUGAAACAAAAGAUACCGAGGGAAAGAUCCUCCGAACUUCAGGGCCAACCAUUCUUCAUACAUUUCUAGUUACACAAGCGAUUUUUACCAGUGAAAAAAUCCAAGAGAUUGUUCCCUUGGCUGCUAAUGCUGUCCUGAUUCUAGGACAAGGUAUUUCGAUCCUGUUCAAGUUUUCCCCUUCUUUCCUAGGAUGGACAGAUGGCACUUGUCAUUUUCGGAUACAGAAGUAUGUUUGCUUAUGCAAUUUCAUAGAUCUGCUUGAUGUUCUUUUUGAAAUUGGCCAUAUUUUGAUCUGGAGGAUAAACAUUCAUAGUCAAGUAAAUUGGUUCGUGAACAGAGUUCUUGAUCGAAAUGUGUAAGUCCUCUUUUCGUCAUCUAUACAUAAUUUGUCCAUCUUACUUCCAUGGCCGGAUGGCAUUCAAGCGUUACACUCACUGCACUCCUUGUCACGACAAAACCAAACUACCUAAUAAAUGUGAACAUUUUGAUGAGGUUAGAUUAUUUCCAUUUAUGAAUCAUUUUUAUCACGUACAAGAUCGUGUCUUCACGUUUUUAUAUUUUGUUGUAUAUUUGUACGUCAUUGAGGUUUCAAUCGUAUGUUUCAGGCACCUGAUACAUUCUAUUGUCUGAUCAGCGGUAUACCUAUGGGUUUUGCGAAUCCAAUCUGAUAUAUGCUGUCGGUGGAAAUUUGAAUUGUGAGUCCUUGCAAAGAUCAGAAGCAAUCGUUCAACAAAGCAAUAUCUGGAUCAGUGAAGCUUUAUAUCGACUUUCAGUUCCGUGGGCCCCAAGGUCACCUGGUCUAUAUGCUCUCAGAAAGAGAUUGGGAAGGUUGGCUUUUGAAUCCUGGGCACAUUACACAUGAACGCAAUCGGACUUUAUUAAUAUUUUCGAGCAACGUCAUUAUCGCUGCCUGUUAUCUUUAUUCUCUUUCCCUUCCUCUCUUCUUAUCUUUAUGUUUUAGUUGGGGGGUUAUUGAGUAAUGAUUUCCAGAAAGAUAUGCCAUGCCCCUCACCAACUCAAUCCAUACAUUUUUAGAUUUUGUCAAGACAUUUUUCUUUUGUUUGGUGUAUGGGAAAACCCCUAGAUAAAUCUUAAAGAGUCAUUGGUAAGUGAAAAUCUCUACAACGAAAAUCUCCAAAACCGGUGUUUGCAAUAAUUGAAGAAAGGAAUGUUGUCAUUAUAUUUGAUAGAUAUUUGUAUGGUUUUAUUCUUUAAAGUAAUUUAAAAUACUAUUUUGAGACAUGAACUCAAAAGAGCCCCUUUUCUCACUCAUGGGAAUGAUAUCAUCCAUUAGAGGCUAGCCUACAAGACGAAAUAAAAUUGAUAAAAAGUAAAAACAGACAUGAUUACAAGUAAACUUUGAAGAUGCAUGUUUUAACAAGUGGGACCAAUCCUACGGCUGGCAUAGCAUAAUCAGCACAGUCGAUAAUGGAAUCUAAGAUUGGAAUGUUUUCAGUAGUGGGAUUGAAUAUUUUCAUGAAUGGGCAAUCACAUGCACUCAAUAUACAUAUGUAACCACAAUAUUUCGCUCUCAAAUCCCAAUUUGAAAGUUACCUCACACUGAUAUAUCUUGAAUCCCAUAACCUGCAAUAUAUCUCAUUUCAGAAGAUAAUGUUGUCUUGAUUUGUUCCGCUAAUGAUGUAUAAUAGAGAAUUAUUACU